AUGUCGGAGAGUUGGGAGGAACAGAGGUCGGCCGGUGCCCCUUUGGGCCAAGAGGAAGGAGAAGGCUCCGUGCUGGGCUGUGUGUGGACGCUGCUGCUUAACGCGGCUCUCCUGACGGUGUUGGUGUUCGGGGCCUGGCGGGUGUAUUGGCGCUGGAGAGGGGCCGGGACCAGGUCGCGCUCUUCAUUACCGCGCAUGAAGCGGAGAGACUUCGCCUUGCAGCAGCUGCGAGAUUUUGAUGGAGCCAACAACCCCCGCAUACUGCUGGCCGUCAACGGCAAGGUGUUCGACGUGACGGAGGGCAGCAAGUUCUAUGGCCCUGAUGGACCAUAUGGGAUAUUUGCAGGCAGAGAUGCUUCUAGAGGACUUGCAACAUUUUGCCUCGAUAAGGAGGCACUUAGAGAUGAAUAUGAUGAUCUUUCAGACCUCAAUGCUGUGCAAAUGGAAAGUGUUCGAGAAUGGGAGAUGCAGUUUAAAGAGAAGUAUGAUUAUGUUGGCCGAUUAUUGAAACCUGGAGAAGAGCCAUCUGAAUACACAGAUGAGGAAGAUGUUCGGGAUCAUUCAAAACAGGAUUGA